CUGAAAAGCAGAGUGACAAUAUGAAUCUUCUCCUUUUGAUGGUUGCUGUGGGGCUCGCAGGUGCGUCUCCCCUUCCGGACAGCAAGGUGUGCCAGCCUCACUCUAGACCCUGGAUGGUCCAUAUACAGGGGGAUGGAAUAUCCUGCAGCGGAGCUCUUAUCAGUGAAAGUUGGAUAGUAACCUCUUUUGACUGUGCAUACGGACUCUACAAGAGCAUCGCAUCUCUGGGGGAACAUGAUGUUAGUGAGGAGGAGGGCACUGAGCAGCACAUCAAAGUCGCUGAUGUUAUCAUCCACAGUCCCUACCGCUCACCCCUCCACAGCCUGGCCAUGGUCCUUCUGGCUGAACCCGCCCGCUUCAACCAACACGUCCAGCCCAUCCCUCUGCCCAGUCGAUGCCCGCGGCCUGGAGAGACCUGCCAUGUCAGCGGCUGGGGCACCACUGUCUCCAAUCAAUAUGAGGAUUAUGAAUACCUGAAGUGUAUAAGCGUGCCUGUUGUGGAUGACCAGACGUGCAUGAACACAUUCCCAGAGUAUCUGUACUGGAGCCCGGGGAUGGUCUGUGCUGGUCGUAACGACACAGAUAACUGCCUGAACGAUGCAGCCAGUGUGAUGGUGUGUGAUGGCCAGCUUCAGGGUAUUCAGUGGUUCAGGCACGGCUGCUAUGACCCAGCUGACCCCAGCGUCUACACCAAGAUGUGUUUAUACAAUGACUGGAUUAGAGAGGUGAUGGACAGACAUGCGCCCUUUCCUACAACCACAACACCUCCAUGGGAGACUGCAUGAAACAGCAAAUAUAUGAUUCUGAUGCACAAAUAUGAUUAACACUGCUCUUAAUUUGUUCUGGAAGGGUUAAGUUUUAUACAAUGAUCAACCAAAGUUAAGAAGGUGUUCUUUCAACCAUUGCAGCUGAAAGUACUGUUGCUUUACACACGAGAUAAGUAUAGCAGAAAUAUGAACAUUAUCCAGCAGGUUACAAAGUUUAGCUUUAAACCUGACAGUACACAAGUUGGGACAUGUAUAUUCAAAGAACAACAAAAAUAAAAUGACAUCAUGUAUUUCAA